GAUGGAUCGCGCUCGGCACUCACAUAGCUACCUCGUCAGACGAUUCUGAGCAUCUGCGCAUUGGUAUGAACAUCACGCCGUGCCAUCUCCGUACCUAAAUAAUAAUUGAAAAAAAUAAAAAUAAAAAAUAAUCAAAGACAAGAAACCCCGACAAUGACCGAAUCGCCUCGAGUCUCUCGUCCUAGUCCUAGUCCUGGUGGCUUCCUCCCUUCGCAGGCCCUGCCAUCGCCCACGCCGAGUACAGCUUCAAGCCGUGUCGCAGCUCUGCUGCCGCACCCACGUUCCAAGCCACUAGUUCCCGGGUCGAAAAAGGAAGAUUACGCUAGGGACUAUGUUGCAAGAAGGCUUUUACACAUUUCGCGCCGCUAUGUCAAGAAAUUCGGUAUCCCAGAUCCUGCCGACGAGGUCACUGGGUAUGAGAAUAUGGAAGAAGUCUGCCAUGAUCUAGAAGAGGUAGUAGACGUAUUAUGGUUUUCGGGAACUCCCAGUCUUCAGGUCCCCUACCUACUAAACGUUGCGCUCGCUCUGAAUACCUACCUCCCGUCGUUCCCUCCCGCGCCUCGGCCAACAUUCACUCUACUGCGAAAAAUAGAUCACUGCUUUGCAAGUCUACUAGUAGGGUACGAUGUGAAGACAAAGGAGCCACUGCCAGGCUUCUCCUCGACCGUGGAUAACAGCAAUAAGAUGCGAUUUUCAAAAACUGACAUGGUGCGUUGCAAGAGCUUAGCAGAUGAGACCCGUAUGCUCGUCGCCAUGGUCAUGAGCGGUGAGGUAGAUGUGGUUGAUUACACUGAAGAUGAUGAGGUUGUACAACGGCCUGCGCGUGCACAGACAGAAGCCCGAAAUAUUUCCGUUAACGUUGAAGAUCAUGCGUCGCAUAGUUUCCAUGGUGUUGAGAUCGUAAAGGAUGAAGAGAUGGACGGUGUAGAUGACUUCGAUUUUAGUUCCGAGGGUGAGGGUGUCGCUGUUCCGACUAAGCGGAAAGCUGGUGAGAUAUCACAAGAUGACGCUAUAAAUGACCAAGCGGCCAAAAUCAAACAAGUCAAAAUCGAAGACGAGGAAGAGGGAGACUCUAGCGUCAAGCUAAAUGAUAUCGCGCCGGCUGAUGACUCUGGUUCACGAGUAGGUAGAGAGUCGAAGAGCGAUGAUAACGGGCAGUUUCAUUGGGCAUUAGAGGAUGAUGAUGAUGAUGAUGAUGAUGACAAAGACGACGACGACUCAGAUAAUGAAAAACAACCUAGUAGGACUGCUUCUACAUCCAAAACUACUAACUUACCUUCUAGAGGAGCGAACCUUCCUUCCCCUCCUCGAGCGCCUGUCCUAAACGAUGCCAAGAGAACUGGGACAAACAACGAAGAAGAGGAAAAAUUUGAAGAGUACGAAGAUGAAGAAGAUGAGGAACUGGAGUUGAAUGUUGGGAAGGUGUACGAAAAGACACUUGUUCGGCUUGGGGAAACCCUAGGAGAAUCCCUGAUAGACGACUGAGGAUUUUACGUCUCUGCAUACACUAAAUCCGUACCUCACAGCCAAGCGAUCACAUUCGCUAGGUGACACUUUAGUUUAUCGCCUUCAUGCUCCGAAGGUUGAUGUAUUACUGGCGAUUGCGCACCGUCCCCAGUGUUCACAUCUGGGUGAGUGGAUAGAGUGCUAUUCUGCAGUGUAUGAAUGCGGCUUGCAGA